CGCUUUUUCCCCAUUCAUUGACAGGUCAAGAAGUUCAUUUAGCCUAGUUUAUAUAAAAGACGUGCAUUUUCUCUUGAGGUGGUGGUGCUUAUAACGUAUAGAAGCGUGGUCCUUAUACGUUAUAAACUGAUGAAGGAAAAUAGGCAGUGAAAUACGGCGAUUUUGUGCAAUAUGAAUUCGGGAACUUUCGUCAACAUCAUGGUUUCAACUUUUCCCACCCGUUUUUUGGAUGUGACGAUAUUAUACAGAUUGAAGUUCAAUGAAAUAACAACCUUGGUUAGAGAAGAACAUACAUCUCCACUGCACUAGAAGAUUCCCCCGCCCGUUCGUCUUUCCCCUGAGAUGCCAUGGAUUGCUGCGGGGAUAUUUGUAGCACCAUCAGCCGCAGGAAGCAGCUUGGAAGUGCUGAAGAGGCCUUCGAGACAUCCCUCAGGCGUUCUUUAACCACAUUUCAGCUGACGAUAAUGGGCAUAGCUGCGAUGAUUGGUGCCGGUCUUUUCGUUCUCACCGGCGUUGAGGCCAAGGAAGUUACUGGACCUGCCAUUGUUGUCUCCUAUGCCAUUGCCACUGUUGCUUCGAUACUGUCCGCUCUGUGCUAUGUGGAGUUUGCCUGUAGGAUUCCGAAGACAGGAUCUGCAUACACCUUCACGUACAUCGCCAUAGGCGAAAUUUGGGCAUUCCUUAUUGGUUGGAACUUGAUCCUUGAGUACGCCAUAUCCGCUGCAUCUGUUUCCUCCUCAUUCAUGGGGUACCUGGACUUUUUGACUGGGUACCGGAUAACCAACUUUACAGUUGACACUCUAAUGGGUGGUGAGGUCUGGGACGUUUCUUACCUUUCCCCAUACCCGAAUAUAUUUGCCUCUUUAUUGGUCAUUCUGAUAUCGCUUUUCAUAGCAGCAGGAGCAAACAUUUCAGCAGGGGUCACCGUCAUAUUAAUGAUCAUUAACCUGUCGAUCAUUGGCGUUAUAGUUGUGAUGGGAUUUACUAAAGCAGAUAUAAAAAACUGGCAAGAUUAUGGUGGGUUCGUCCCCAACGGACCAGGGAGCGUGAUUGCAGGAGGAGCAACCCUCUUCUUCUCCUUCGUUGGCUUUGAUACAAUAGCCAUGGCGAAUGAAGAGACCUUGAAUCCUAGAAAGAGUAUCCCCAGGGCUACCUUUAUUGCAAUCCUGUUGACCAGUGUAUGCUACAUCCUCGCAUCUGCCGCACUGACCCUCAUGGUACCUUACACAGAUUUGGAUGAACAAUCGGCAUUUGCUGCUGCCUUCCAGCAGCGUGGUAUAGAGUGGGCAAGGUGGAUGGUAGGCGUGGGUGCCCUUUGUGCAAUGUUUACUACAAUAAUAAUGAGUCUCUAUAGCCUCCCAAGGUCGAUCUACGCCAUGGCUUCUGACGGAAUACUCUUCGAAUUUCUAAGCAUUGUAAAUCAGCAUACCAAAGUGCCUGUCUAUGCAGUAAUGUUCUCCACAAUUCUCGUUAUCAUACCUGCCAUGUUCUUUACCUUGUCCCAACUUGUCGAGUUCCUCUCCAUUGGUGUCCUUCUUGGUUACUCUUUUGUUGCCGUUGCUGUCAUCACCCUCCGAUAUGGACCUGAUGAUAUAAUGCCUGACGCCAGUGCUGGUUUGGAGAUGACUUCGCAGGAGAACAAAAAUCAUAGUCUUACUCAGACAGGAAAUGCGAAGUCCUUCGAUGACAACUCCAUGCUUCUUGACGCAGCGUCCGCAUACACACCUGGAACACUUAAACACCAGUUCCGUUCAACACCUUUCCUUCGUGAACUUUGUAGUUUCAAACCAGGGGUGGCAGUCAAGAUCGGACUUUGGAGUUCCGUUUUCUUCCAGCUCUGCGCUCUUUCUCUCGUAGAAUUCGGGCACGCUGAAUUAGCAACAGCAAAAGUUUGGGCAAUUCUUCUUUUAAUUUUCUUUUGCGUUUGUUCACUGGUCGGCUUGAUAGUAAUCUCCCUUCAUUACCAGAAUGUAGACACACGAGAUUAUUACAGGGUCCCAUUCGUUCCUUUGUUUCCUUGGCUUGCUAUUUUUGUCAAUAUAUUACUACUACUGAAACUAAAACCGAUCACGUGGUUACGAUUCCUGGUCUGGGUCGUCGUAGGUAUAUUCAUUUACAUGACAUACGGCUAUCGGCACAGUAAAGCUGGGAGAAUAUCACCCCAGAGAUUUGGAAAUGAUGACCUCGAUGCUGGAAACCAUGGCAACGGAUCUACAGAGAAUGCUGCAUCAUAUGGAAGUACCGAUUAGGGAUCAAAAGAGGAAACUCCAGGCAUUCGUCUGUUGUAACUACCUUCUAGGGGAAUAUCCUAAUUCAUCAGUGGCCCGUAUUCUGAAGUCAAGUGGGACCAUGGUCAGUCAGCAAAGUAUCUGGGGCCCGUGUGGGUUAUCUAUGGGCUCAUCUGGGCUUAGAUUAUGGGCCCCAUAUGAGCUGCCCAUAUGGGCUUUGCACCAUCCAAACCAUCAGAGGCCCAUAUGGGCCAUGUGGGUUUCAUAUGGGGAAAAUCUGGUCAAGCCCACAUGAAACCCAUGUAAACCCCACAUGGCUCAUCUGGGCCCCAUAUGAAAACGAUACUGUGUUUUAUAUGGGUCCCAUGUGGGCCACAUGUAGGUUCACGAUGUUUUAAUCUAUGAAAAAAAAAUUGAAUUGUGUCAUAAAGGUGACUUUACAACCCAAUAUUCUAAUCACUAACAUCUUUUCAUAUCCUAUAAUCCUACAUUUUAACCGUAACUCGUAAUCCUAUCCUCAUCCUAUCCUACAUCUAACCGCUAAAUCUUGUUAUCGACUUCUAUAUAUAGAGCGAGUAUGCUAUACUUGACAGGCUAUGGUUAAUAACAAUUUUAAAUAUUUAACAUUGAAAAUUUUCUCCUGACAUUAAAUGUUUCGAUUCUUAAUUUUAUAGUAAUAUAUUACAUACUUUUCUGAAACUUUUCAUGGUGGAAUCCUUGCAUAAACAUAAACAUAUUAAUUGUUGUAGCUGUAUUAGCUAAAAUUUUGGUCAUUUACUGUUGUACAAUGUAUGUUCAUGAAUGCAGUCCAGAUCGAUCGAUACUAAUGAUGCCACAUGGCCCAUAUAUAUCCCAUAUGGGGCCCAGAUGUUUUUAGCCAUAUGGGUUUCAAGUGGGCCAGCCCAUACGGGGAUUAUAUGGGACAUAUGGCCCACAUGAAACCCAUGUGGGGCCAAUGUUGGCCCAGAUACUUUGCUGACUGGGCUGUGUUAAAAUUGUGGGGGCCAAAAAAUAAAAAAAUAAAAUAAAAAAAAA